UAAACAGUAGACAUCAAAUUCCACCUAUUCGCAAUGACAUCAAUUCACCAAGCAUCUAUGCGGAAAACAUUUUUUCGAUUUAAUUCCGUUGGAAUAGUUUCUAAAUGAAUUUAUAAAAGAUAUGGCUUCAUCAAAAAAUGUAUGCCGUCUGUGUAUGGGGAAUUCGAACGUCGUACACACUGUAGUUGAAGAAAACCUUUUGCAGAAGAUUGCAAUAUGCGUUAGUUUGCUGAUAAGCCCGACCGAUAAAACGCUUCCUUUAGGAGUGUGUGCGAAUUGCGCGUUCAAAGUGAAGGAUUUCUUCGAGUUUCGACAAAGUUGCUUGAGAGUUCAGCAAAUUCUCCAACAGAAGUUGGAGGAAUCCUACAAAUCGGGGGACUCUGAAACAUUAAUAUCAGAGAUAAAAAGUGAAGAAUCAGUCUGCGAGAAUGAUGAAUCCACUAUAAACAAACUAGAAAUAGACAUAGACGACGAAACGGAAGAACAAAUAGAUGAAGCGGAUUUUGAAAACGAUGAGAUUGAAGAACAGUUGGAAGAACUAAAUGUGAUUGAGGAUGCAGAUCAAUGUAUAGAGCAACUAGAUGAAACAAACGAGGAAAUCGAAGAAGCUGCAACGGAAUCUGAUGGCAUGCUUCUCGAUAAUGACAGCUCACAAGGUUCAAUCUUUGAUGACCACCCUUCAUAUGAAAAAACGAAGAAGGAGGUUUUUGCCGUUGAAAUGAUUGAACUGUUGAGUUACAACGAACAACAUGAGUUGCGCAGCAUCAGAGCAUCGAGAAGCUCCGCUAGGAAAUCAAAUGAGGAUACACAAAGUGGUUUGGAAAAUGAUGAUUUUGAAUCCACAUACAAAAAGGAACGAAACAAAUCUCGAGACGAGAAAGAAAUAUAUCGAUCGUUGCUGAUGGCCUGUGAAAUAUGUGGGAAAUCUGUUGAGCGUAAUCGAAUGGAAGGUCAUCAUAAUCAACAUUUGAAUUUACGACCGUACGCUUGCAAUGUGGAAGAUUGUGGUGCCACAUUCCACAGCAAAAUAGCACUUCGUUUGCACACGAAUGGUCGCCACAGUACCAAACAGAUACCAUGCGAUCUAUGCGGGAAGGUGUACAAAUCGAAAAAAGCUGUUUAUCACCAUAAAAAAGAAACGCACGCCGAAAAACAAUUCGAGUGCGAGCAAUGUGGAUUGGUGUUCAUCUCCAACUCUCGACUGAAACGACAUCAAAUUACACAUUUGGAUCAACGAGAGUACAAAUGUCCUCAUUGUCCGAAGGAGUUCUAUCGAAGCAAUAAUCUUAAAGUUCAUCUACGGAGUCACACGAAAGAAAAACCCUUUGCAUGUAAUUCAUGCGACAAAGCGUUCGGAUACAAUCGAUUGUUGAAAGACCACAUUUCUCGGCAACAUAAAGACAUCUGUUGAAGACGGUUGCUCUCAUUCAAAAAUAUCGAGUACUUUUCUUCUAUUGGGAUUGAAAGAAAACAGCCUGGGUGUGAAUUCUGAUGAAAUUCAGAAAUUAAAUUGGAAAAUAUUGGGCCCUAUUAUAGAAAUCGAAUCGAGGAUUCGAUACAAUCACUAUCACCAUCACACCGAGUAAAAUCUGGAAUUAUAGAAAUCGAGGGAAACUGCUCGAUUCGUUAGCAAGUUAUUGCGUUAGUUAGCAAUGUCAGCGGUUGUGAUGAAAUAUUUUGAAAUGUUUCACGAAGCACUAUAGAGAGGAUGCCAAAUCUUGUUUAAGGCAUCUGCUAUGAAAAUGUAUUUCCAAAAGUGUUAAUAUGGUUACGUUUUGGAGAAAACUGAUAUUCCCUCAACGAAUGAAGUUUAAUAGGCGUAAUGCAUAC